CUUUUGUAAAUAAUAACAAGCUGGUCUUCAUGUAAAAACAAAACAUGUGACUCACCUAAAGCAUAAUUCUAUGAAAAUCAGUAUAUUGUAUAGUCACACCCUAAUCAAUGUCCAUAGAGUACAUUAUUUAAAGGAGUGAAUUAAUCAAGUACUAAAAUUCUCAAACUGUGAGAUGUGAAUACAUUUCAACAAAAAUAUUUCUUAUUAUACAAGUUAAUUCAUGGCUAAUUUAUCUUCUAAACUCUUUCUUCUUCUCUUAACAAUCUUCCAUUCACCCACUUCAGCUUUCAACAACACCACUUCUUCCUCAACAACAUUGCAUGCAAAAAUCUCUUCAAUAAAAUCCUUCUGCAGAAAUACUCCAUAUCCUGAAGUAUGCUUCAAUUCAUCAAAACUCUCCAUCUCAAUAGACAUAAAUCCAAACAUCAUUAACAUCCUUCUUCAUUCCCUCCAAGUAUCAAUAUCUGAAACCACAAAGCUCUCUAAUCAAUUCAACAAUGCUCACUCAAACAUCGUAGAGAACAAAAGAGGAGCUAUACAAGAUUGCGAAGAACUUCAACAAUCUACCUUAUCUUCACUAAAAAGAUCAUUGUCUGGAAUUCGUUCAUCAAAAUCUAGAAAGUUAGUUGAUGCAAGAACUUAUCUAAGUGCAGCCCUUACCAACAAGAACACAUGUUUAGAAAGCUUAGAUUCUGCUUCAGGUACACUGAAGCAAGUUUUAGUUGAUUCAGUGAUCAACACUUACAAACAUGUUAGUAAUUCUCUGUCAAUGUUUCCUAAGCCUGAGGUAAGAGCUUCUAAAGGACAUGGAAACCGGCGUUUAAUGGAUGCUCUCAUGUGGUUAUCAAGCAAAGAUCACCGCAGGUUCUUGCAAAGCACCGACAAUGUGAUUGUUGUGGCUGCAGAUGGAACGGGAAACUUUAGCACCAUUAAUGAAGCCAUUGAAUUUGCUCCAAAUAACAGCUAUGCUAGGAUAAUAAUCUAUGUAAAAGAAGGGAUAUAUGAGGAAAAUGUUGAAAUUUCAAGCAAUAAAACCAAUAUUGUUCUACUUGGUGAUGGAAGGGAUCAAACUGUCAUUACUGGCAAUAGAAGUGAUGUUGAUGGAUGGACCACCUUCAGAUCUGCAACUUUAGCGGUUUCUGGCGAAGGCUUUCUGGCACGUGAUAUAGCUUUUGAGAACAAGGCAGGACCAGAGAAGCAUCAAGCAGUUGCAUUAAGAGUGAACGCAGACGUAACAGCUUUUUACAAAUGUGCAAUGUAUGGUUACCAAGACACACUUUAUGUUCACUCAUUUAGACAAUUCUAUAGAGAGUGUGACAUUUUUGGGACCAUAGAUUACAUAUUUGGAAAUGCAGCAGUAGUUUUACAAGCAUGUAACAUUAUAUCAAGAAUGCCAUUACCUAACCAAUACACUGUAAUCACUGCACAGUCAAGAGAUUCACCUGAUGAAGACACUGGCAUCUCAAUCCAAAACUGUUCAAUUUUAGCUACUACUGAUUUGUAUAACAACUAUAACAACAUCAAGAGUUACCUUGGAAGGCCUUGGAGGGUUUAUUCUAGGACUGUUUUCAUUGAGUCUUACAUUGAUGUGUUCAUUGAUCCAAUGGGAUGGACGAAAUGGUCUUCUGAUGAUGAUAAAGGGUUGGACACUUUGUAUUAUGGUGAGUUUGCAAAUUAUGGACCUGGUUCUGCGACGGAUAACCGAGUAAAAUGGUUAGGGUAUCAUUUAAUGGAUUUUGAUAGUGCAAAUAAUUUCACUGUUUCAGAGUUUAUUAUCGGUGAUGCUUGGAUUGGUUCUACUUCUUUUCCUUAUGAUGACGGGAUUUGAUCAGAGAAAUAACGAGGAAUAUAGGUUUAGCUUAUUUGUUCUACUUAGUCUUUUUACUCAGCUAAUGUAAACAAAAAGAGUAAAUGAUGAUUUUGGUCCCUAAACGGGUAUAGCACUGUCUAUGUAGUCAUCAAAUAAGUCGAAAUUACAAAUACAUCUCUAAGUAUAUUUUUUAUAA